GAUGUGUUGUGUUGUGUUUAUAGUUCAGAAAGAUAAAUGUUUAUUUUAUAAUUAGAAUUAGGCUUUUAUAAAUUAAAAUAUGUCGUUUAUAAUUAAACAGUUAUUUAAUAUUUUAUGAUUACUUGGCGUACAAAAACGUUUUUGAAUAAUGUGAAAGGUUAACUUUGAAUUAUAAUUAGCAUAUAUUUUUUAACAUAUAGACAAUAAUAAUAUUUAUUAAUGAUAGAUAAGGAUAUUGGAAAAGUUUUGCUGCAUUAAACAAUGUGACAAACAAAGAUUAUAACAUUCAUGGGCUAUUUUCCAAUGUCGAGGCAUUUCUACUUUCAUCUACUGACAUUCGUUUGUUUACUGUACCAAUCAUAUGAAGGAAAUGUAUCACAAAACAAUCCACUGCUUUUAUACUCAACUACCAAAGAUAUUCGAUUAGUAAAUUCCUCAGCUCGAGGAAGCAGUUAUAAGUUAAAACCCAUAAUAAUUGUGAAGAAUUAUUCAUAUAUUGCCGCCAUAGAUUACCAUUUUGAAAAUAAAAAGAUCUUUUGGGCAGAUCACGAACUGGAAACUAUAUAUAGUAUCGAUUAUGAUGGAGUGGCUGCAAAAAAUAAGGUUGAAAUAGUUAGUGGUGUUUUUACACCAGAUGGAUUAGCUUGCGAUUGGUUUACUAAUAAAAUAUAUUGGACAGAUAGUGAAUCGAAUCAUAUAGAAGUAGCCACGAUCGAAGGAAAGUACCGGAAAGUCUUGUUCUGGACUGAUAUCGAUCAACCACGUGCCAUAGUUGUAGUGCCUAUGAGGGGUUACAUGUUUUGGACAGAUUGGGGAGAAUCACCAAAAAUUGAGAGAGCUGGUAUGAAUGGAGACCCAACCACACGAAAAAUGAUUGUAACCGAAAACAUAUUUUGGCCCAACGGGUUAACUAUUGACUAUCAAACGGAGUCCAUAUAUUGGGUAGAUGGAAAAAUGAAAUUCAUUGAUAGGAUGGACUAUGAUGGGGGUAAUAGGGUGAGGGUUUUGGAAAAAGGGUUUGAAUAUCCUUUUGCCUUGACUAAGUUCCAAUCCAAGCUGUUUUGGACUGACUGGAAGACAAUGGCAAUACACUAUUAUGAUACAGAAGGAUCGCAACGAAUGCCAUCAGAGCUUUUGGUCUCCCAACACCCUAUGUACAUCCACAUCUGGGACCAAAGACGGCAACCUAAGCUGCCACACCCCUGUGAAACCAACAACGGGGGUUGUUCGCACUUGUGUCUUCUUGCCCCCUCACCUCCUGGAUUCACUUGUGCCUGCCCCAUAGGAAUUAAACUCACAAACGAUAAUAAAACUUGUGCGGAGGGACCUCAGGAACUCCUCCUUCUAGCCAGACGCACCGAGAUCUGCCUUAUUUACCUGGACUCACCCGAUUACAGUUACAGGGUGCUACCUCUUAGCGAUGUUAAGUAUUCUAUAGCAGUGGACUUCGAUCCGGUGGAGAAUUUCAUAUACUGGUCAGAUGAUGAGGUGAAAAAGAUUCAGAGGGCGAGACUGAACGGUAGCGACCAAAGGGACGUCAUUUCGACGGAGAUACAGGAUCCCGAUGGCAUCGCCGUUGAUUGGAUUUCGCGGAAUAUUUAUUGGACUGAUACGGGGACUGAUAGAAUAGAAGUGGCGAGGUUGCAAGGUGGUUUUAGACGGGUUAUUGUUGGUGACGGUUUGAUCGAUCCAAGAGGUAUUGCUGUAGCUGCCGAACUCGGCUGGCUCUUCUGGUCAGACUGGAAUGAGGUUCACCCAAAGGUGGAAAGGUCCAAUCUGGAUGGUUCAGAACGUACACAGAUAGUUACCGAGCGGUUGGGUUGGCCCAACGGUAUUACUUUAGAUCUGAAUAAUUUUAAGAUAUACUGGUGCGACGCCAAAUCGGACAAGAUCGAAUAUGCCAAUAUGGACGGGAGCGAUCGCAGGGAACUCGUAAACGACAAUGUGCCUCAUGUUUUCGGUUUUAGCUUGAUGGGGGACUACCUUUACUGGACGGACUGGCAACGGAGGGCUAUAGACCGGGCCCAUAAAGAAACAGGGAGCAGCAGGGAAGUGAUAGUCGACCAAAUGGAGAAUGUGAUGGGUCUCAAAGCAAUAAGACUCGGAACUGUAAAUGGUUCGAACCCGUGCCAGGAAAACAACGGGAAUUGUUCCCAGCUGUGUUUGUACAGGCAUAACAAGACCAGAGUCUGCGCGUGCCAGAUAGAUUAUGAACUAACCAAAGAUAAACAGAACUGCGUUAAACCUGAAGCAUUUUUAUUAUAUACCAAACGAGAUACUAUUGGCAGGAUCAGCAUCAAGAACGAAAACAAUGAAAUAACUAUUCCGAUUCCUGGCAUCAAACAAGCAAGUGCUAUCGAUUUUGACACGAAUACAAUGCGAAUAUACUGGAGCGACAGCAAACUGAAGACCAUCAUGAGAGCUUACAUAAACGGAUCUGAUCCCCAGAGGGUCAUCGAUUUGGGACUCGCCUCUCCCGAGGGCAUAGCAGUGGACUGGCUGGGCUUGAACAUCUACUGGACAGAUCCAGUAGCUCACCGAAUUGAAGUUUCCCGACUGGUAGGGUCCAGUAGAAGAACGUUAUUGUGGGACGAAGCAUACGAGCCUCAUAGCAUUGUCUUAGAUCCAGCGGCUGGCUACAUGUACUGGUCCGAAUGGGGAACGACCAACUCCAUAAAGAAAGCGGCGAUGGACGGGACUAAUCAGAUAAAGCUGAUAUCGACAGUGCGACCCGCCACGGGGUUGACGUUGGAUUAUGAGAGGAAAAGAUUGUACUGGGCGGAGAAAGAUACUCCUGCUAUCAUAUCCACUGAUUUGGACGGAAACGAUCAGAAGAACAUAGUUAAGGACAAAAUCUUCGAACCCAUGGGCGUGACCUUGUACAAGGAAUUUAUUUAUUGGAGUGAUAACAAAACGGGUGAAAUAUCUAGAGCAAACAAGCUCGACGGUUCCGAUUACCAAAGAAUCCACAACAGAUCCGAGGGUGUCACCGAUUUGCUGGUCUACCACUACCUGAAACAGAAACAGACCAACCAGUGCGCUACCAGCAAUGGUGGCUGUUCCCACCUGUGCCUAGCGUUGCCCGCCGAAGGCCCGGGGGAACAUGUGCGCUACACUUGUGCCUGUCCCACACACUUCACGUUGCACAACAACGAGUGUCACCCUCCUAGUCAUUAUAUGAUAUAUAGUUUAAGGAAUCUGGUUGUUAGGUUGGUACUCGAUACCUUGGAUUGCCCCGAAGCCGUGUUACCGAUUCAGGGACUAAAGGCUGUGAAAGCGAUUGAUUUUGACCCAAAAUCGAAUUUUCUUUACUGGAUUGAUGGCAAGUCGCGGUCCAUCAAACGUUCUGAGGCUAGCGGGCAGUCCUUCAACAUCGUCGUACCAAGCAACCAGAAUAUAUCACCUUUUGACCUCGCAGUGGACACCAUCGGUAGACUGCUUUUUUGGACAUGCGCUUUAACGGAUGUCAUUAACGUCACUCGAUUAGAUAAUACGAAUCCAUUUGGAAGUUUGGAAAGGAAGGAAGGGGAAAAACCAAGACUAAUCGCAAUGCAUGCCACAAAAAGGCUAAUUUUCUAUACCGACAUAGGAGCUACCCCACAACUGGUGAGAACCAGAUUAGAUGGAUCCCAUAGGAUCGUAAUUACCAGAGCUGCGGACAUUGCGGCUAUUGCCGUGGAUACUGAGAACGAUUUAAUUGUGUGGGCUCAGGAGCACAGCAUUUACAUUAGCAAUAUCGAUGGCGAGAAUCAACAUGUUUUGCUAAACGAGAGCAAUUCGAAGAUAAUUCAACUCACCGUACACUCCGGCUGGCUCUACUGGAUAGACAAAGAGCUGCACCAACUACAGAGGUUGGAACUAAUCUCGGGAAAAUCACGUUCUACAUUGGCGAUCCAAGCAUCUCACAUACUAGACCUGAUAUCCGUAAAAAAACCGGAGAACCACAGCUGCAACCUUCCUCAUCAAAGGAAAUGCUCACACUUCUGCAUAUUGAACGGGACUGUACCCCACUGUGCUUGCCCUAAUGGCAAAAUUCUACAGGAGGAUAAAAGGAAUUGUCAGAUUUUACCUGAUUGCGGGAGUGACCGUUUCACUUGCAGUGUGGCUGGGGGAGACGUCAAGGAUUGUAUCCCUAUUGCUUGGCGGUGCGACGGGCAGAAAGAUUGUGCGGACGGCUCUGAUGAACUGGAUUGUCCUAAAUGCUUGCCCAAUCAAUUUCGGUGCCAAGACGGGCAGUGCAUCGACAAGGAAAAUUACUGUGACGGUUACGAACAUUGCACCGACAAAUCAGACGAAAAAAAUUGCUGUGAGAAUGGUUUCCAAUGCCCCCAGACAGAAGUAUGCCACCCAAUGUCUCUUGUUUGCGACGGAAAUGAGAACUGUGCCGACGGAUCGGACGAGAAAGAUUGCAAUGCGGCUCUUACUUCAAAGAAAUCCGUAACGCACACCGUUAUACUGUCGGUGGUGGGGGUUGUCUUUGUCUUUGCCAUGUUUUCGGUAGUGUUUCUCCGAAAGAGGUUCUUGCCCAGGGAAGAUAUAACGGAUCAGUCGGAAGAUUCACUGAGUCCGAUGCAUCCUAACGCUAGUAAGAAUCCCAAAUUUCGCAAAGGGAUACCCGAUGUAGUCCGCAUGUCCAUGCUGAACGACAGUGGCUGUCCAUCUACCUACGACAGGCGGCACGUCACAGGUGCGUCAAGCAGCUCCAACACCAACGGUUCCAGCAUUGGCUGCUACCCACGCGAGACUCUCAACCCUCCCCCAAGUCCCGCGACCACGGCUGCCUCCACAAGAGGCAGCAGCCCUUCCUCCCGUUACCGUCCCUACCGUCACUACCGGUCAAUCAACCAACCGCCCCCGCCUACCCCGUGUUCCACGGACAUAUGCGAUGAAAGCGAUUACAACUAUCCUUCGAGAAGUCGCUACGACGGUGGCCCAUUCCCCCCUCCCCCCACUCCCCGAUCUCAUUGCCAUCAGGAAAGCUGCCCUCCCUCUCCUAGCUCUAGGUCGUCGACUUAUUUCAGUCCCCUUCCGCCCCCUCCGUCGCCUGUGGCUUCGCCCAGGGGCGGGUACGACUCGUAGGGGUUCUAUGUACAUACUCGUUAAAGGUUUUUUAAAACUUUGGCUUUGUCGGACGACAUCGACGUAUCUCGGUGCUGAUCGUUUACUAUAAAUUUUUUAUUUAUUGAGUACUUUAUUUUAACUACUACUAAAUUUAGGUGAUUACUGAAGAAAUUAUGAAGUGCGUCCACAGUAUGGUAUUUAUACUAUAAAAAUAAUUUUGACUAUGUAAUCGGAUGCAUAUGUCAAAAAAAAGUUUGGGCUCUCGUUCUUUUAAUCUCAUAUUCGUAUUCUCUCUGGACGUACUUCAAUUUUUAUAAAAUUGUGCAAUCAUCAUUACGAAUUAGAUUUAGUGGUCUAAUUUUAACAAUAAGGUCGUUUUCGUAUUUUUUUAAUUGGAACAUAUUUUUUAUGACUUUAUUAUACAGAGUAUCUGGAAAUGAAUGAAUCAUCCUUGAAGAGAUGUUUCUUUAAAAAAUAAAACCGAUUUACAUCCAGGUGUCAGUAGAAUUUUACUUACUAGAAAAAUUGCUAAUUUUGUCACUUUUUCAUAUUUUUAUGAUAUAACCCAAUUUAUCUCUAUUCAAAUGUUUAAUGAAAUGCUCGUUGGAGUUAAUUCUGCAAUGCAACAUUUAGAGACCUAUCUUUCUAGAACGUCUUUUGAAUUGGUCUAAGUUUAAAAAAUAUUUAGUACAAGCACAAAUUUAGCAAAAAGAUGAAGUUUAACGAGACUAUAAUGCCCUAAAUACUUGGUUGUCCAUAACUGACAACUGUGGUAAAAAAUUUAAGUCGGAUUUUACUUACAAACAACAAUUAUGAAAACAAAAAGUUCUUUCAGAUAUUUUUUGUGACAUCUAUAUUUUAAGUAAAAUGUAUGCUUAUAAUCAUCUUCGGCUACCUCAAAUAUAUUAAAAUUUAACAGAUAUCAUCAAUUAAAUCAAACGAUAUUUUUAUUAAAUUGGUUUAUUUUCGUAUUAGGAACCCUGAAAGUAUGGUCCAUUCUCUUCACACUCUGUGUAUUAGUAAAAUGAUUAUCCUAUUACUAUAUUUAGUGAUUACAUGUAUAGAAGAUAAAAAAAAGGAAGAAAUUGUUACCAUUUUUGUUUUCCUACACUUUUCCUUCUUUUCAGUUUCAGUAAGUGUGUUUAUUCAGAAUUUUUUAAAUGCCUAAAAAUGUAUUUAACAUACAGAAGCAGCCGAGAAAAAAUUCUUUUGGAAAUAUAAAAAUCAAAUGGAGAUUCUUUCUCUGUAUUCCUCUUAUUUUAAAUCGUUUUAAAUUUCUGUAAAAAUUAAGGUUCAAAUCUCUCUUGAUUUCUUUUACUUACUGGAAUUAUAAAAGUAUAUUUUGUUGAUGAAACUUAUUUUCUGAACCGUUGUACCUAAAGUUUCACAUUGUGCCUGUAAUUUUAUAAACCUUGUACAUAGCGUUAUUUUAAAUUGCAUUUAUAACUUCUAUAUAAACUGUUACUCAUAAUUAAGCAAAUAUAAGGCAUUAUUC